AAGCUAUUUAUCGGUGAUUCCUGGAAGGUGACGGUUUGAGUCAGUGAUCAUAGUUGCGGCGUGCGGUUGUGUUUUCAAAUCUGAACAGUUCCAUCCGAUCUGGUGUCAACGAUGGAAGAUUUCAAGUGCAAAGUGUUGCUCUACCUAAUUGUGGGUCUAUGUGGAUUAGCGAGUUUGGUAGACGCGCAGAUUCCGGGCUUGGGAGGAUGCCCAGAUUACGUUCCGAUCACCAAGUUCGAUAGGAAUAAGUUUCUGGGCACGUGGUACGAGGUGGAACGAUAUUUCACCGUGAGUGAAGUGGCGGCCAAGUGUAUUUCGGCAACGUACGAGCUGAUGCCGGACGGAAAAAUCUACGUGAAAAAUUCACUCACCAAUCGAUUCAACAACGUUGAGCGCAUCAUUUCCGGCGUUAUGGCACCAGCUGGAAAAUCAAAACUAGGCCAGUACACCGUACUGUACCAGUCCUUCCCAUACAACUACAACGCUUCCUUCAUGAUUCUGGACACUGAUUACGACAAUUUUGCCGUGAUUUAUUCGUGCAGCACAAUCGGCCCCGUCGGUCAUACAGUUUCUGCCUGGGUGUUGGCCCGCGAGCGUCUUCCCCCGGGACCGAUCCUGCAGCGUGCCUACGGAGUACUGGACAAGUACCGCAUCAACCGGUCGUUCUUCGUCCGAACCCACCAGGAAGACUGUGUCGUUAGACCACCACCCCAGCCGGCCAUCGAUCCGACCGAACCGAGCGUUUCCCGUAACCGAGAUCAUGCCCCGGGCGAUCAAAUAGAAACGGAAGAACAGCUCAUCCAGUUGCGGAAAGAUCUGUUUGCCAUACCGAGCGGCAUAAACCACCAAGACAUACAGAUCGAACCGGUGGAUAACGAUGACAAUGAGUGAGGGUAGUUGCGAAUACGUCUACCCCGUCUGGCAGACGAUUUAUUUAUUUUAAAUAUAAAAAGAGUUUUUAUUUGAA